AUUAUUCGCUCCACGGUUUGCUGUCGUAAACUGUGGCUCUCCAACUCGAUCUUAUCGACAGUCUGCGAGGCGACGGCGGGGUUGCACGGUCGAGCGACGACAAGCGCACGUAGGGAAGCGUGUAGUAAAAGGGAUACAAUAAUAGAGACAGAUAACCUCGAUGCAUUUUGAUGGGAAGGAAAGAAAAUUUCAAUCCGGUCAUAUACGAUCGUUAAAAGGACGAAAGUUUCGGAGAACGAUUUUAAAAGGAGUAAAACUCGAUCGGUCAUUUGAAUCGCAGCAGCAAUAAAAUACUUAAAAGUAUUGAAUAGGCGUUGUAAGAAAAAUCCUCAGUGUGAUAUCUGCCACGGGGUAUGAGAGGUUGACGUUUGGGGCAGCAACGUUGGCAGGGUUAAUACCGUGGCAUUAAAGGGAAAAACGAGGGGUUUCACGGGGGGCAGGGAGGGGGAAAAAGGUGAUUCGAGUGGUUGGGUAGCGGCGAAAUGUACGCGAGAGGUAGACGUGAACGUGAAUCCUCUCACAGACAUGAAAAGUGAACGAACGAGGACGGACGUGUAUAAAGAACUCAGUGCCUCGCGGAUAUGUGCACCUGCUUGAACGAGAAAAUAUUAUUCCCAAAGUGUGUACAAGAUCCCGUCACGGUUUCUCGUUUAUACGACGUCACUGGGUCAAAAGGAGGGUGUUAGAACGUGCGUGUGUAUGUGUGCGUAUCGAUGGAAUUGAACGUCGGUAUUAUUUUUUCGAAAGAAAACCACCGUAAUUGUGCUCCGUUUUCAUUACUUUACACGAAAUAUGCGGUUGUGGGCUGUUGAACCAGCCACUAAGUGUUCCAAUCGUUCUGCAUGUUUUCGAGGAAUCGACGGAAGGCACAGCGACAAAUAGCACAACGUACUUGAUGUUAAAAAACGAGUCAUGAAGCCCGAAGGAAGCUCGUCCCGAGAUUAGUGAAGAGCGGAACCAAAGAAAUCGUAAUUCGACAAGCAUAAAAAGGAAAAUAAAAGGACGAGUUAAAAAAACGAGAAUAAAUAAAAAAUCUUGGCUAAUUUGACAGUAGCCGUUUAAAGAUCGAAACCGCUGACUCAAAAGCUGGAAAAAUGUUUCGCUCAAAAAUUCGUAUACACACUUGUCAAGUGAUAUUGCUGACAUCGUUGGUAUGGUUCCUCGUCGACGUAAUGGUUCUAAUGUUCUACACGGACUGCAUGCGAGGAACGGGUUGGGGUUACGGCGACGAUAAGCAUCAGAUGACCGAUGACAGAUUCCUACACCCGGAGAGUUCCGAAGGCACGAUAUCCUCGGAAGACAAACAGAGGCGUUACUCUCUAGCGCAGUUACAUCGCUGGAGGUCAGCGAGAUCGGUGAAAGAGAAUAAAAAUAGGCCGGGCGAAAUGGGCACCGCGGUGCGCAUCCCGCCCGAGGAUGAAGCCAAACAACAGAAACUCUUCAAGCUCAAUCAGUUUAAUUUAAUGGCGAGCGACAUGAUUUCGUUAAAUCGUUCCUUGAAAGACGUCAGACUCGACGGUUGCAGAUCUAAGAAUUUACCUAAAUUCCUCCCCGACACAAGCAUCGUCAUUGUAUUUCAUAACGAAGCCUGGAGCACCUUGCUCAGAACCGUUUGGUCCGUCAUCAAUCGCUCACCUAGAACUCUUCUCAAAGAAAUUAUUCUCGUUGAUGACGCCAGCGAACAAGAUCAUCUGAAAGAAGACCUGGAAAAUUACGUAAAGACUCUGCCAGUUCCAACUUACGUAUUCCGCACGCAAAAACGUUCGGGCUUAAUACGAGCCCGCUUAUUAGGAGCAAAGCAUGUAAAAGGACAAGUAAUCACAUUCCUCGAUGCUCAUUGUGAGUGUACAGAAGGAUGGCUCGAGCCGCUCCUCGCAAGAAUAGCCGAGGACAGGCGGACCGUCGUUUGUCCCAUAAUUGACGUCAUAAGUGACGAUACGUUCGAGUACAUCACCGCCAGCGAUAUGACUUGGGGCGGAUUCAACUGGAAGCUCAAUUUUAGAUGGUAUAGAGUAGCGCAGAGAGAAAUGGACAGAAGAAACGGCGAUCGCACAGCGCCACUUCGGACACCCACGAUGGCCGGUGGGUUAUUCUCCAUCGACAAAGAAUAUUUUUAUGAAUUGGGAGCGUACGACGAAGGUAUGGAUAUCUGGGGUGGCGAGAAUCUCGAAAUGAGCUUCAGGAUAUGGAUGUGUGGUGGGACUUUGGAAAUAGCAACUUGCUCUCACGUCGGGCAUGUUUUCCGUAAGUCAACGCCGUACACUUUCCCCGGUGGUACGAGCAAGAUAGUCAACCACAACAAUGCGAGGCUCGCUGAGGUCUGGUUGGACCAGUGGAAGUACUUCUAUUACAACAUUAAUCCAGGCGCACAAAGUGUUCCUGUUGGAAACGUUUCCGAACGUGUGAAACUUCGGGAAAAGCUCAAAUGCAAAAGCUUCAGAUGGUAUCUGGAAAAUAUUUAUCCCGAAUCCCCUAUGCCCCUUGAUUACCACUAUCUCGGUGACGUCAAAAACAUCAAGACGCACAAUUGUUUGGACACUAUGGGAAGAAGAACCGGCGAGAACGUCGGUCUCAGUUUUUGUCACGGUUUAGGUGGCAAUCAGGUCUUUGCGUAUACGAAGCGAGAUCAAAUAAUGUCAGAUGAUAUGUGUUUGGACGCAACGAGGCCACAAGGUCCCGUUAAAAUAGUGCGUUGCCACGGCAUGGGAGGAAAUCAAGCGUGGAGCUACAGCAAAGACAUGAAGAUGAUAAGACACAUGAAUACGGGUCACUGUUUAUCGGUACCUCGACCCGGUGAUUCAGCGCAGCCGAUAUUAGCAGAGUGCGAUCCUCAUAAUGUUGGCCAAAAGUGGAUAAUGCAGAGCAAAUUUAAGUGGCAAGCUAGCUAAUAGCGGGCACAACACAGCGAUUAUAAUAGCUCGCGAUACUUGUUGAUAUAUUUAUCAAAUACUGAUAAGAACUUGGACUCUUGAGAGAGAGAGAGAGAGAGAGAGAGAGAGAGAGAGAGAGAGAGUAAGAGAGGACAUACUUAACGAAAGUUUUCUCUGAAUCUUUGUGAGAAGAAGAAAAAGUUUGAAAAUCAUGGAGAAUAUGGAAUCAACGAUGUGGGACUGAAAAAGAAGGAAGAAAACGACGGAAGAUCGGAAGGGCAAUCAAAUGAACUUCGAUUAUGAAUGACCGAGGAUUUUUGAGAAUGAGUGAAAUCGUGGUGUAUCCAAAUCCAUUUUCCUCUUUCUUUAGCAGCAGCAUCAGGCUUUUCUAGAAUCGAGCAUAAACUGCUAUUUUUUUUAAACAUAUAUAGACACGCAUAGAUACAGAGUGAGUUUAUUGAGGCGAAUUAAUAUUUGUAAGAUAAAUGAUUUUAUGCAUAACAUCUCGGAUGAAAGUGUUUCAGCUUCUGACUUGCGAGGAAAAACAACUUUUUUCAUUCUGGUCUGAAACGGUCGUUCGUUAAACGUUUUCACCUUCGUCUCAUUAAUUGCUGGUAUAAACGUCGACGAAAUACGCCCUGUAAAAGCAACAAACGAUAUCUCGCCUUGUUAAUUGCACUUGAAAGAUAACGGGAGAAACAAUUGUGCGUGCGAAUGAGUGAGCAAAUGUUUUAUCGAUUGCAGUUUAAUACAAAAAUUGAAAUGAUUGAGAACAAACUAAUAAUUAAGUUAGCAUAUUCGCUGCUGAAUAGUAGAUGAAGCAUAUCAAGAAAACAAAAACAAAUCUACUGUUAUGAAUAAAUAAUUGUUGACAUUGAGCGAUAAUUGAUUGACAACAUAUGUACAUUAUCGUUUGGGGAAUGCGUGCAAUGACGAUGACAAUUUUAUUGUUCUUUUUUCAUCUUUCCUCUGCGCGCGUCGGUGCUUCUUUCUUCACGAUAUUUCAACUCGCUCGUCAUUGUUGAGUCUCGUGCGCAUCUUCCUUCUUCGGGUUUUGCGAAAUCGAGGCUUUUAUCAUUUUCGAAUGCGAACUGAGAUGGGUUUUACUUAAAUAGGAUAUCUAUAUAUAUAUACAUGACUUACAUUGUACAAUCUGUUAGCUGAUAUGGGAAACGAGCACUGAUUGUUUUUAUACUGUUUUACUCUAAAUAGUUCCUCGCUUCAUCCCGUUAACCAGUCGACUGCUGAAAACAUUCAAGCGAUUUUCGCGCCAAAUGUGGCAAUUCGCCAAUAACGUGUUGAUAAAAACACGUUAAACAAAUAUCCUUUCUCCUCAAAUUCGUACGAAAUUUCAACGCUGAAUUUGCAUUUGUAGUUCUUCAGUUGAGAUUUCAAUAAAGAAACAAGACAACUUGUUAAAAUUAUUAUCCUCCUGCCAAUCUCAAAACAAAAAUCUGGAGUAGUUUAUCAGUCGGUAGAGCUAUGCGUGGAGAAAUUGCUGACAAGCAAUUUUCAUUUAUAUUCGAUAUUGUGGGUAAAAAGGGAAGUAACAUUUCGGUGUUUAUUCAAACAAGGACAAUGUAAAACUCGUUUUUUCUACAAAUUGAAUUGUAGCAGAGAAAAAUGCGUAGCGGAAUCUUUAUUGACCGAAUGACUGAGCCAUCUUCUUGAAACUUGUUGUGUUUACGCCAGUUGACUGGUUAGGAAAAAAAAAAUAUAAAAAUUGUCAUUUUAAACGAAUACGGAUUUAUACCUCGUUUUUAAAGAAGACUGUUCUUAUGUAUCUCGAUUCACUGAUGUUGUACGAAAAAUCUUGCGUUCUUCCUCACUUCGUUCGAACUGUAUUUGUUUGUUGCGUUUUUAUUUUCAAAAUUAAUCUUGUGCACGUUUCAUUUGGAACAGGACUUUAUGGCAUCCGAAAUGUGAGAAUGUAAUUUUGUGGAUGUCACUUGCAACCCAAUUCAUGUAACUGUUUAUCGAUUUUCUAUUCCGUCAACAAAAUAACAUUUUAUCUAUUUUAUAUUAGCUCUGAUAAUAAUGCAUUUAAAGAAAUGAAUGAAAUUCGUAAUUAUGGUGAUGGUACAAUUGUAUAAUCGUCUCUAUUUCGUUUAGAAUUGCAGUAUUUAUUUUUGUACAGCUCUCGAAUUGAUUUAUGAAUGUAAGACACAUCGUUCAUAGCUAGGGAAACAAAAUAAAAGUCGAAUGAAUUGAGAACUUUGCUUCUUCGAUUUGUUUUCGAGUAUCAAACAAUUUUGAUUAAAUGUGAAUUCGCUUGUCGCGUUUGGGGAUAAAGUUUCUUUCUCAGAGUUGCUCUAUUUUAUAUUCGUUAAUAGAGUGGUUAGUGACGAUAUAUAAUUUCAAGCUUUUGAACUUAAGGUGAUCUAUCAUUUGCGUGAGUGCGAGAGAGAUUUCGCUGAUUUCGAAUUUUGUCGUUCAUAGUUUUUUGAAGUAUUGUCAAAGGGAAAUUGACAAUGUCAUUUUUUCUAAAGUUCAAAUUUAUUUUUUCUAUGAGAUGCUUCAUGACAUUUGAAAAAUAAAUAUUGCGAAAUUCUUGAAAGUUUCGGCGAAAUUUAAUAUUUUAACUUAUAUUUUUAUAUGGUUUUGCACACCUUAUGGCUCAGCCGUAUUUUUUUGUGAUUAGAGACAAAAAAUUUUCCACCUUUGGAACUCAGUAAAAUUUUCACUUUGUAUCAAAACUACACUUCGAAAAUAGUCACAUUUUUUCGCAAAUCGGUUCUUUCAUUUCAGAUUAAUUUGAAAAAAGAAUUGUAGGGAAGAAAAAAUAAUAUUUGUUGCAUUCCAAAGAUGCAAACGUCGACUUUGCGUCUUAAAAUAAUAAGUGAUUUUUUAAUUCACCUGCUUACGCAUACAAUUCAACCGUCGGAGUGAUCAAGGGGUGAAGAGAACAAUUAUGAAAAUAGUAAUGAAGAAAUUUUCUGGCUAACUUUAACAACCCAGAUGUGCCUCUGAGUGUUGUGCGGUGUAUGUUAAUUCUCCUUUAAGACGAAAUGACACAUGAAGCAGCUGUUCGGUCGGUCCAAGUUUCUUUCGAGAAGAUUCAGCAUUGCAGGAAAUAAAAAGAUACGCUUCGUGCUGUUCUUUAGCCAGAAGGGAAAAUUCAUUCUUACCUUGUUCUCAAAAAAUCUGUUCAGCAGAAGCUUAGGAUCUGUGACUCAAGCAAUCUGAGCAAUUGUCACAUAAACAUCAUGGCUCGGUCGGUGUGUCAUUUCACCUUAAUCUCUAAUAGCGGUAAAAUAUUAGAAAUAAUUUAUCGAAGUAGGAUUAAGUGUACAGAUGAGGUUCAAUUUUCCAGCUUUGUGAUUGAAUAUGACUUUCGGUUGAAUUACGAUGUAGAUUAAGCAAAAAAGAGAUUAAGUUAACAAAGAUAAAAAGUAAAAUAAAAUGAAAAAGAAACGUGUUUGUCUCGUGCUGCGAGAAUUGUACAGUAAUCUCAGAGAUUAUAUCAUAAAAAAUUUAAGUAUUGUGACGGUUCGCAAGGGAAGUUUGCUGAAUAAUGAAUGAAAAAAAAUUCAGUAAACUAUCGUACUUUCAAAAACAAAGUUAUUUUUUGCAGAUAAUCGUUUUAUAUAGUUCUUCCACGAUUCUUAAUUGUUGGUCAAUACAAAUGUUUCUAUGCCACAGGAUUUUUCAUGUCACAUUAUUAAGACUUUGACAGUAUUGUGUCCUCAUUGUUUUUGAUUGAAUUAUCAUGUUAAAACAAUAUGUGAGAAAAAAUGCAACAUCAUACGUUCCAAUUAAAACGAAAUAUCUUCUUCCAUUCCAAAUAUUUUGUGGCACAAUUCCAAUAUAUCCAUAUUGAGAAUUGUUCUAUCUUGCUUGUAGAACUAUGAUAUAUCCAUCAAUACAGGUAUUUGUUACUAA